UCCAUUUCUUGUGAUCUUACCUCUUGGAGCCAACUCCAUAUCCGAGACUAAUAAUUCCUAACCGAUUUCGAAACUGGGUACCCAUUUAUAUGUUGGUAGUCACCCCCUCAUUGUUGUCACUCAAAUCCAAUUUCCUAUAUAAUGUGCACAAAUGAAGUAUAGGUAGUCCAAGAUGAGACACAUACACUCCAAAUCUCCAACACACACACACACAAAAUGGAUGUUGAGAAAAUCUUUCACAUGAAAGGUGGACAUGAUGAGACUAGCUACUCCAAAAAUUGCUCACUUCAGAAAAAGGCCUCAGACAUGAUGAAGCACAUAACAAUGGAGGCAAUCCAAGAAGUGUACAUAAACACAACACCAGAAAUCCUAAACAUAGCAGACUUAGGCUGCUCUUCUGGCCGGAAUUCAUUAUCCAUGAUCAGUGAUUUGUAUCAUGCGGUGGAGGAUGCUCACCGGAAAACACCAACCCACGGUGGUCCAACAUCAACUACCACCACCGCGAAAGUGGCGAAAGUGUUAACAGUUUCAGUUUACUUGAAUGAUCUCCCAACUAAUGACUUCAACUCCAUUUUUAGGGCUUUACCAGAAUUCUUCCUUAAAGAAGAAGGCUCUAUGAUUCAAAAACAGGGGCAUUUUCGUCCUUCUCUAUUCAUUGCUGCUUCUCCUGGUUCCUUUUAUGGUCCUAUUUUCCCUCCUAAUUUCUUGCACUUUAUUUACUCUUCCUACAGUUUACACUGGCUUUCUAAGGUUCCACCUGGGAUUUAUGAUGAUUAUGGGAAGUCCAUGAACAAAGGUAACAUCUACAUAUGUGAAAGCAGCAAUCCAUGCAUAAUUGAGGCGUAUGUUGAACAAUUCAGAGAGGAUUUUUCUGGGUUCCUGCAACUACGAUCUAAAGAACUAACCAUGGGAGGAAGGAUGGUACUUGUCUUUCUUGGAAGAGAGACUCCUAACCACAUUGAUAGAGGCAACUCCUUUCUUUGGGAGCUACUUGCUCGAUCUUUCUCAAUUUUAAUUUCUAAGGGACAGGUUGAAGAGGAAAAGCUCAACUCAUAUGAUGUACACUUCUAUGCACCCUCCAAAGAAGAAAUAGAAGAGGAAGUUAAAAAACAAGGGUCAUUCAAAAUGGUAAAUUUGGAGAUGUUCCAAAUCGAGAGAGAGGUUGACAACGGUGGAAUUAGCUAUGGAUUCGCGGUGGCGAGCACCGUGAGAGCCAUACAAGAAUCCAUGAUCAAGCAUCAUUUUGGUGAAGAAAUUCUUGAUUCCUUGUUUCAUACUUAUGCUCAAUUGGUAGAUGAAGAAAUUUCUAAGCAAGAUAUUAGGCCCAUUACAUUUCUUCUUAAUCUUAGCAAAAUCUAAUCAUGUUAAUUAUCAAUCUUCUAUGCUAAAUCAAAGGUGCUAGAAGCUAGGGUGACACAUUGAUGCUCUAGGGGGGAAACAUUUAAUGAAAAUGAUUGAAUUAUGUAAUUUAUUUUAUUUGUAACAACAUUAUUUGACUUUCGCAUGUACGUGGUCUUACACCGGAAA